AGUCACGAGGCCCGUAGCGUCAAGUCACCGGCCCACCACCACCGUCCGGCGAAUAAACCCGCCGCCUCUCGUUUCGCCGCCGCCGCCGUCGUCGCCGUCGCCGUCGCCAUCUCCAGGUGGGUGCUAUAGCGAUAGGCUAUGGCUUUCGCGCCGUCCGCGCGGAGGGUCUCGGCCGUGCUGUACCACUACCCGUGCCCGGACGGCGCGUUCGCGGCGCUCGCCGCGCACCUCUACUUCUCCGCCGCCGCGCUCCCCGUCUGCUUCUUCCCCAACACCGUCUACGACCCCAUCAGGAGUGAUGCUCUUCCAUUUGAUGAAAUCAAAGAUGUUUAUCUCCUAGACUUUGUCGGGCCUCCUGGUUUUGUCACUGAUAUUGCCCCAAAAGUCGAGAGUGUCACAAUCUUGGAUCAUCAUAAAACUGCCUUUGAAAGUUUAUGCGGGAACCCCACACUCGGAGAAAAUGUCAAUAAGGUGAUUGACAUGCAACGCAGUGGAGCAACAAUCGCAUUUGAUUUCUUUAGCAACAAACUCUUGACAAUAGGUAGUAGUUUAUGGAAUCAUAGAAGUGGCAAUUCUUUUAAUGGGGUGAAAUAUCUACCUGAUAACAAGCUUGAAACCGUACACAAGCUUUUCAAGUUUAUAGAGGAUGGGGAUCUGUGGAGAUGGACCAUUCCGAAUAGCAAGGCCUUCAGCAGUGGCCUGAAAGAUUUGGACAUUGAGUUUGAUGUCAAUAUCAACAGAAAGUUGUUUGAUCAGUUACUGGAACUGGAUCCUGAGGAAGUCAUUUCUCGUGGACAAGCAACAUUGUCACACAAGCAAAAAUUAAUUGAUGAAUGUCUGGAGAAAUCCUAUGAAAUUGCAUUAGGAUGUGGCAGGUUCGGUAAUUGUCUGGCUGUCAACGCUGAUGCAAUUUCAAAUUUGAGAAGCGAACUUGGAAAUCAGCUAGCUGACAAGAGUCGUAAUUUAAAUCUGAGAAGUAUUGGCGCUGUAGUGUACAAAGUACCUGAGUUGAAUAAUGACAAUAUGCUGAAAAUAAGUCUUAGAAGUUUGAACGAGGAAGACACUACUUCUAUCUCUAAGGAAUACGGUGGUGGGGGGCAUCGGAAUGCAAGCUCAUUUUUGUUGAGCGUUACUGAGUUCGACAGGUGGAAGGUUGGAGCUGAACCUUGCAACACUAAAAUGUAAGAACUUCAUCAACAAAUUGAAUGGUUCAUAAAGAAGGAAAUGCAGGAUGUUACACAAAAGCACAAAAUGGAAAAAACAUCAAGUCCUAGGCCCUGUUCUUUUGUUUUCUUAGCUAGGACCAGCCGUGUCUAGCUAUCUAGGCACAUGCACAUCCGGUCAGUGGCGUGCCUGUGGUUCAUGAACAUGAGCCCCCAGUAUCAUUGUAAGAAAAAAAAAACUGUCAGGGUCGUUUUGAACAUUUUUGUUGGAGAAGCCAAUUGUUAGGGACUGACUAGGCGUUGAUCGGCUGAUCGCUAUUAAAGGUGUUUUGAACGAUUAGUUGUCA